UGGACUUUUAACAUUUCCUUUUUUAGUAUUUCAAUUAGUCCAAAAUAACAUUCUUUUUAUACUCUUUAUCAAAAGUUGAAAAAAGCAAUUUUUUUAACUUUUUUUACUAUUAUUAACAAUUUUAUGAAUUAAGAGAGACGAUCUACGUUGGAUGUAUUCAGUGCCUGCUGCGGAAGGUUGCACAACUAUUGGCAUUUACUAGAUAAUGACCCACAACGAAUUUAACCCGUUUACUGGUCGAUUAAAGGAAUCUACACGAUUUCAACCAUUAUAUCCAUUAAAUCCUAGUGUAUUAAAUACAUCAGAACAAAAAAUAAUUUGGGACACCAUGAAGACUAAACCAGCUGAAGUUAAGUCACAAGGUGUUGGUCAAGCAACCAUUGAUCUUAAAUUGCUUGAGAAAUAUUCAUUUUUCCAGAAAGAUUUGAACAAACCCGUGUAUAGACUGGCAGGAGGCAGAGAUAAGAUAUUAUAUGGUGUAACACUUGCAUUAAUGUCUGUGGCUCUUGUUGAUGCUGGAACAUUUUUAUAUGAACUUGCAAAAAAGAAUUAAAUAUAUGUAUAUAGUGUAGAAAUAUAUAAAAAUGUAACAUGCAUAUUAUUCACAUUAUGUUAUGUAUAAAAUAAAAAGUAGAAUUAUACCAGAGAAUUCUGUACUGAAUUUUUCAUCCUAUUUUCCAAUAUAUUAUUUUUACUGUUUUCCUAUUGGAAUUAAUCCAUUUACUAUAAUAUGAAAAAAAAAAAAAAAUAUAAAAAUAAGAAUAUUUUCUAUCAUUCGUAGAACAAAACUAAUAUAGAUUUCUAAAUCUAUAGAUUUAGAACAAAAGAGAAAUAAAUUUCUAAAUCUAAAACAGGUAACCAAAAUUUUUAGUUAUGACACUGCAUUUCAGCACUCUCUGUUGGUAAUAAUACGUAUCUGUCAUCUAAGAUUAUAUCUUUUAUCGAAUAAGAGUGUUAGAUAAAUACAUGGCUACGAUAUCAAUAAAUAUAUUUGACAAAUGAUGUUUUGAUUAAAAUUGAAUAAAUAAAUCAAGAUACAUUAUGUUUAUCAAAAUAUUUAUUAGAUGUAUAUAAUUUCCAAGGAUUUAACCUAAACAACAUAAGUUGCAAUGAUUUGUUAAACGAGUUAAUGACAAAUAACUUUGUAUAAAUAUUAAUACAUAUAAUUAUAAUUAAAUAGAUUAAUAAUGGAUGAUAAUACUGUGCCAAAUAUGAUAUUUCAUCCUAUAAUAUCUUCUAUACAAAAAAUUGCGCUUUAUGAAACAAAAUCGCGAUUUUAUUUAAUGGGAUCAAAUAAUACAUUAACGCGAUUUCGUGUUUUAAAAAUUGAUCGAAUGGAACCAAGGGAACUUCUUGUCAUUGAUGAUAAGAGAGAAUAUACUCAAGAUGAAAUACAAGAUCUCGUUAAUAUGAUAGAUAUGGGUAAUCGUACACGUAUAGGACAGCGCAAUAACGUUGGUGGUGUUGCACGAAUUGUUUCAGCUUUUGGUAUUGUUGGCAGCAAUAAUAAAGAAUCCAGCACAAAUAUAUCAGAGGAGUCUGAGCAGCAUCAGUCACAAAAGCCGAUGCACAAACCAACAAAAACUAAAUUCACCUGGAAGAAUAUGUGGCAGAGAGAUACUUUUCCCAGGCUAGUGUCAGCUUUUGGUCUUCUUGGUUUUGUACGCUUCUUGGAAGGAUAUUAUAUUAUUCUCGUAACGAAACGUCGUCGAGUGGCAUUCAUUGGUCAUCACACAAUAUAUAAAAUAGAAGAUACUACAAUGAUAUAUAUUCCGAAUGACACUGUACGAUUGUUUCAUCCUGAUGAGCAAAGAUAUGUAAAGAUGUUCCAAGGUAUUGAUUUGAGUAGCAACUUCUACUUUAGUUAUUCCUACGAUUUGACACAUACUUUACAAUAUAACAUGGCACCACCAAAACACAUCAAAUUGGACAUACCCAAUAAUGCAAAUCAGAAAGAUAAUGAUAUAGAAGAAGCUGAAGAUUUUUUUAAUAUGUGGUCAUUUCAUAAAAACUGGCAACAUGAUAGUGAGCAGGAAAAGUAUAUUGAUUAUGCAGUACGUAGUAAUCCACAUCGUCGGUUUGUAUGGAACUCUCAUUUAUUAGCACCAGUAGAAAAAGAUCUCCAUAGAGAUUGGAUUUUAUAUGUAAUACAUGGUUUUAUUGGACAAUCCAAUGUUAGCAUUUUUGGAAGAUCUGUUUAUAUUGCUCUGAUAGCUAGACGAAGUAAUAAAUAUGCAGGCACUAGAUUUUUAAAGCGUGGUGCAAAUUUUGAUGGUGAUGUAGCAAAUGAAGUAGAAACAGAGCAAAUUGUUCAUGAUUCUGGUGUGAGUUCUUUAAAUAAUGGACGCUUUAGUUCUUUUGUGCAAAUGCGCGGCUCAGUUCCUGGUCAUUGGAGCCAAGAUGUCAGUAAGAUGGUUCCAAAGCCUACAAUCGUUUGUGAUUUAGUUGAUCCAUAUGUAGAAACAGCUGGAGCACAUUUUAAUAAACUUCUUAAGAGGUAUGGAUCACCAAUUAUAAUACUGAAUCUUGUUAAAAAACGUGAGAAGAAAAAACAUGAAAGUACAUUAAGCGAGGAAUUAAAUAUGGCUGUGAAAUAUUUAAAUCAAUUUUUACCCCCAGAACACCAUAUUCAAUACAUAAGUUUUGAUAUGGCAAGAAUGUUGAAGCGAAAAGAAGUGAAUGUUAUGGGUCGUUUAGCAAAUAUAGCUCAUAAUGCAGUUUUAAAAACGGGUGUUUUCCAAUCGCAUAAUCCAUAUUAUAGUCAAAGAAAUUUAUUCAUGCCUCAACAUAGUAAUGCUAAAAAAGUUCAUAAAACAAAUUCAAGUUCUGGAUUAUCAUUUAGUUUUUACGAUGUGAGAAAUUCUUUUAAUAAUUCAUCCAAAUCAGAAUGUAAUAAUUACUUAAGUACUCACACUUUGGAGAUGCCAUCCGUUGAAUGUAGUAAAACAUAUGAUCUAGAAUAUAUUGAAGAUCAUAUAAAGGAUUGUUUCGCGAGGAAAGGGAUACCGCAAACUGGAAUUAUUAGAACAAAUUGUGUGGAUUGUUUGGAUCGUACUAAUACAGCUCAAUUUGCUAUAGGAAAAUGUGCUUUAGGCUUUCAGUUAUGUGCUUUAGGAGUAUUAGAGAGUCCUAAACUUGAAUUUGAUUCUGAUUGUGUAAGAAUGUUGGAAGAAUUAUAUGAAGAUCAUGGUGAUACAUUAGCUUUACAGUAUGGUGGAUCUCAAUUAGUACACAGAAUUAGAACCUAUAGGAAAACUGCACCAUGGACUAGCCAAGGGAAUGAUAUUAUGCAAACAUUGAGUAGAUAUUAUAGUAAUACCUUCAGUGAUCAAGAAAAACAGCAUACAAUUAAUUUAUUUCUAGGCCUUUUUAUACCUGAAGAAGGUAAACCUUCAAUAUGGGAAUUAUUAACAGAUUAUUAUCUUCAUCAUAAGCCAGCUUGUCAAUAUCUUCGUAAAGGAAGAUUACUUACUCAAUGGUGGAACAAAAAUAUAUUAAAAUGUCUACCAUAUGCGUUCAAUGAAGUAACAAAAACUUGUUCUGAAAUGAUACAAGUACAAAGUACUUUAGAAGAAAUGAUCGAUGUUUAUUAUGAUUACCAUAGGCCUUAUGAAUUAUCUUUACUUGCGGAUUUAUAUGCAUAUAAAAUAAGCCAUUCAGUUAGAGAUUUUAUGCCUCAUUUCACAACAAGCUUCAGUCCAUUCGCUGUACGUAUAAGGCCUGGUAGAAGAAGAGAAGAAACUGGUAAUAAAAAUUUGAAUAUGAAAAAUCCAUCUAUGACUGGACAAAGUAGUACAAGCAGUACAACAUCUAGUGCAAGUUCAAGUGAAGAUUCAACAUCCGAUGAAGAUGAAAGUCAUCCACAAAUGAAUGAGUCACAAUUAUUUGCAUCUAAAGAUAAUUCAGAGUUAACGACUUUUGAACUUUUAUUUCCAUCAAUGAAAACGGUAUAUGGAAUGCAACCAGAAUAUCCAGCAAGAAAUGAUAUAAUCCUCUACAAAAGGUUUGUUUUAAUAGGACGUAAUGCAACGUAUCCGACAGAUCAAACAAAACUUCGUUCAAAAUUGAUACAACAAGCAUCAUUCCCAGAAAACCCACAACCACCGAUUGUUAGUUCUUUGCCAGUCAUCAAAGAUGCAAGCAUAAACAUAUAUGAACAAUAUGUUAACAGAGCAAAGGUAGGUGGAUCUAUUCCAAACUCUAAUGAUAUGAAUCUUUAUAAAAAUUAUGCAAAUCAAGAGAAACUUUUAUUAAAGUUAGUAUGUACUAAUAAUUGUAGCUAAGAUCUAAUAAUUAUAUUAUUAGAUAAUUAAUUUAUUAUACGAAUUAUAUGAAGGAAUUAAAUUAAAUUUAAAUUAAACCUGUUAUAAUAAUAAUAAUAAUAUUAUAAAUUAUUUAUAAAUUAUUCAUUCCUUUUACGUGCUGUAAAUAUUGUGCAUAUUUAAUAAAGUAUUUUUAUUUUUAACAUGUGUGUAGUAGAAAAAAAUUAUUUAAUAUUGAUUGAUCCUUAGAUUUUAUUGCAAUCCAUAAUAAGAGAUACAUAUUUCUGAGUUGUCCAUCAUACUAUUGCCAGAAAAUGUGUAAUAUAGAUAAAGAUGGACAUCCAAAUCUUCCAUGAUUUGGAUAAAAAAAAAAAUAAUCCAAAUACAUUUUACUUUAGCUUCUUCUUUGGGCGGAUAUUAUUUGUGUGCCCACAUUUUUUUUUACGGCA